AUGGAAUCUGAGGGAGUGUCACUACCUUUGAUCCACGAGCAUCUUAUGAUACCUUGGAAUAGUAUGUGGAAAGGUGAAUGCUGUGGACGCUCCGGAUUUACAACUGGUGGCUAUUACUGCGAAAGAUGUAACUUCUAUGUUCACAGGGUAUGUAUUGAAGAGUCCUCUGAAUUCAUUGAACACCCAUCUCACGCUGUUCACACUCUUAAGCUUCGUCAAAGUAAACCAAACCAUUCAUGUGAUUUAUGUGGCAAGAGCAUCAAGAAUCUAUGCUACUGUUGUGAGAUCUGUGACUUCGAUGUGGAUCUAUACUGUGCCAAGUACCCACCACCAGAGUUUCUUGACAUUUCCGAGACGCAUCACCACAAGCUUACCCUUCUCAAAGUCAAGGAGUUCACAUAUUACAAGGACAAGGAGCUGAUCAAGUAUUGCGAUGCAAAAUGUGGUGGUAUUGUUUCUUAUCAGUUUCACUACAAAUGCCUUGAAUGUGAUUUAACAUUCCAUAUGGAUUGCGUAUGGAUACCACCGGAGGCAAAACACCCAUCAGAGGUAAACCACUCUUAUCACCCCUUACACCCUCUUAAGCUCCACACUGGUCAUCCACCGGACUAUUCUGAUGGAAAGUGUCGUCUUUGCGCAAGUACAUUUAGUUACUCUAAUAGAUUGUUUUAUCAUUGUUCUGCUUGCAAUUUCAGCUUGGGUAUGACUUGUGUUUUAAACCCACCACCACAAUCUGUUAUGAAUUUGAAAGCUCACGACCAUCAACUUAUUUUUCGCCCAAGGCUUGAUUCUUUUACAUGUAAUGCUUGUGGGUUGAGUGGAGACCGAAGCCCUUAUAUAUGUCUUCAAUGUGAUUUCAUGAUACAUCAAGGGUGUCUUUCCCUUCCGCGCAUCAUAAACAUCAAUCGGCAUGAUCACCGUGUUUCUCGCACUUCUGUUCUUGGUGUUGUGAAUUCUGUAUGUGGAGUUUGUCGCCAGAAGGUGGAUUGGAUUUGGGGCGGGUAUUCUUGUCAAAGGUGUCCUAAAUAUGUCGUUCAUUCAAAAUGUGCUACUAGAAUUGAUGUUUGGAACAGGAAAGAACUCGAAGGAGUACCUGAAGAGAUAGAAGAUAUAGAACCAUAUGUGGUAAUAGAUGACAACACAAUACAACAUUUCAGCCACAAAGAGCAUUAUCUAAGGUUCCACGUUAAUGGUCUUCUAUGCGAGGAAAACAAGCGAGCAUGUGAGUCCUAUUGCAUGUACCCUAUCAUCUUGAAGAUGCUUGGAACCUCAGAUAGAUACAUUUGCUCUUUAAAUUGCAUAGAUCAUCUUCCGACGAAUUGCGGAUGUUGGUGUGGUAACGAUAUCAUCACAUACAUAUCGAAGACAAAGGAAAACCCUUACCGUAUCUUCUAUAAAAGCUCGAUUGCUUUGAAGAGGCCGAAUAUGUCGCAUUUCUUCAAAUGGGUUGAUGAGGCAUCGGUUGAAGAAAUUAAGAUGGUCGACGCAAAGCUUGAGGAAGGACUGAGUAAGAAGCUUGAAGAAAAAUUGAUGAACAAGAUUGAGGAUGAUAUGGGUAAGACAGCUUUGAAGACAAUUUGUCUACUCUCUGUAAUAGGAAUCGCAAUUGUAUGGCUAUGGGAGAGAAUAUAA